ACAUUGUCGGCCAGCGUGUGUUCGUGUGCCGGUGUGAGUGGCGUCGUCUUUUGUUUGGGUUUUCUUUCGUCUUCGUCAUUCUCUGUUUGAGCGUACUUGCCUCUUUCGAUUUGCCUGUUUGCGUGCCCCACUGUAGUUGUAGUGGUAUUUUUGUUGUGGCGCUUUAUUUCGCAUAUUCUCGCAGAUUUUGUUUUUAGUUAUUCGCCGAUAAUUGAUGUCAAAGGACGCGUUGAGACCGGUAUUUUACGGCGCGUUAAAUUAACAAGGAUAUUAGGAGGCUCCUUUGAGUGUACUCAUCAGCAAGGACGAGACAGUGGCAUUGUCGGCGAGCAGAAGGAAGUGAAAGUGGCGUUCAGACUGCAGUUGUUUUACUUGGGGCUGGCUUUGGAUGUUGGUUGGAACAAUGCCAAAGGAAGAUCCUUUUGUGAACAGAGCCCAGCUUUUGAAGGCUAUAAAGAAAUAUCCUGAAAUAUGGGAUUCAAACAAUAAAUUGCACAUGUGCCGCAGUGUCACAGCGCCCAUGUGGAAUGAAAUUGCUGAACAGUUUGGAGGUCACGUACCCACCGUUAAACUUCAAUCGAUUUGGAGCCAAAUGAAAUAUCACUAUCACAACUUGGUACAUCGCCAAAUUUUACACAAGGAACGUUUUACCACCAAAUGGGAACACUUUGAGCCCAUGUCUUUUAUGUACAACAUAACAGUGGCCAAAAUCGUCGGGGCAGCAGGCUCCAAUGGCUCUGAGGCUAGUGAAAUGGCACCAGCCUUGCCGUCACCACCACCACUGCCACAAUCUCAGGGCCGUGGACGGCCCAGCGGAAGUUUCACCUGGCUCCCACCGGUAGCUCCACAAACAGAAGUUAGCGUUGAAACAACUCCAUUUACUGGAUUUACGGGUCUGGUGCCACCAGCUGCAGUUACAGUCGAGACCACGACGACUCCACUGCGGAAGCCUGGCCGUCCGGGUUCAUUAAAUAACAGCAUGCGUGGUCGUAUCAUUGAUGCCAUCAAGGCUAGACCGAUUUUAUGGGCUGGACGGCAAAAAGAACAAGCCAAGGGUCAAAAUCGUACAUCGGCAGUAUGGAAAGAAGUUGCUGUAGAGUUGGGGCUAACACCAAGUUUAGUUCAGACACGUUGGUCGAUUAUCAAACAACGUUACGUCGAUGAGUUACAGAAGGAACGUCAUGCUCGUUAUGGCCAAGAGCAUUUCCAUUCUUCGUGGGAGCAUUUCGAACGCAUGUCUUUUAUGCGUGACAUUUUGGCCAAAAAAGUUGACGAGCGUGAGCAAACACGUGAACAUAUCCAAGAAAUUGUCAGUGAAAAGCAACAAAUGCAAAAUCAUCAUCAACAACAGGGCCAAUUGCAACAACAGCAACAACUCCAGCAACAGCACCAACAACACAACAUGCACAGUCCACAACAGCAACAGAUAAGAUACAUACGAUCCACUAGCACAAGCAGUCUUAACUCCUCCACAACUAUGGCCCCGCCUGGUGGGGGUGAGGGAGGUACCAGCACCGCCUCCCUUCACCAAGCACAUCACAUUCACCAUCAUCCACAAUUGAGCAUGUGUGAUGAGAAUGGCGAACUCACAGUGCACACUACCCAUGGCAAUGGAGUCAUUGGUGCUGGAGGUGGCAGCGGAGCAGCUGCUACUGCUGGCCUGGUGGGACUUUUGCCGGGUCAUGCAAUUGUUGCCAGCUCACGUAGACGUGUUAAAAACGAAUCAGAUUUGGAAUGGGAUCCAUUCGAGAUGAUCCUUCACGUACAGGCAAGCGGCUCAGAGCCAGCCAACAAUUGAAUUGAUGCCACUUUCGAAAACUCCGAAACAAAAAAAAUAUGGAAAACUACUAGAGACGUGACUGUGGAAGACUGAUUAUAUAGAUUACAACAAUACAGCAAAAAAGAAAGAAAAACUAAUCAUCCGAUCAAAAAAUUCAUUAUUCAUGCAUACUAUACCUACCUACAUACAUACUGCAUACAUAUGUUCGUAUGCACUGCUCUCUAUACUGUGUAAGAGCACUCGCACAACAUCCACACAUCAUCAUGAUUCCAACAGCCAGCUUGCUAGCUAGUCAGCAAACCAGCCAACCAACCAAUACUGUAUGUAGUUCAUCCAUCCAUCCGUGGUGUAAUAAAAUCCAUAGACGGGAAGAAAGGCAACCAGGGAAGCAGCCAUAGACUUCAUCAAACCCGUUUCAUGUUGUGCUGUUCUUUGUUUAUCAUUUUCAUCGUGGCCACAUUGAGUGUCCACACUUUUUGCUUAGCAGCGGCAUACACCGCCAAGUCGCAGCAAGCGAGUCAAUCAGAGUGCAGUCGAUUUUGAUGGUCCCAUGUUUGGAUGUGUCCAUGCCCUGCUCCCCUCCUUAACACUUGGGCUAUGGAGGCCGAAUACAUAUUCUGUAUUCUUACAGAUACAUUGGCUGCUAAGACAAAACAAAAAUCAAGAAAUGCUGUGUGUGUAUGUGUUGUAUUUAUUUGUUCUUACUCGGUUUUUGUUUAUUAUCUCAAAGAUACAACAAAAAUAUUACUUAUUAUUCUGCAUGCGGAGAGACAAACGGACAGACGGACAAAAAAACACAAGCCAAGUGACUACUGACGAACGACACUUCCAAUUUCUUUAUUGUAUUUUUUAUCCAUUUGUAUGCAUCGAAACGACUACGACAACAACAUUAAGAUAUUCAUGUGUCAAUAAAUAAAAAUGAAAACUUUUUUCUAGAACCUUAGGUUCAAUUUAUCUUAAA